UUGGUGUCAGCAGAGGACCUGGUGGUGGCAAUGCAAAUAGAAAAACCCAGGUGCAGCACCCUGCUCUCUCUUUCUGGUGUGUGACUCCUGUAGAUAAAAUGACAGACUCAUAUUACUUUCUUAGCACACCAAGACAAAACCCUGUCUUUUUUGCUGAUCUUUGGAUGAGAAUGCGCCAACGUAGUGUUUCUGCUCCAGAUGAGUUCUGGUUUUCAGCAUGACUGUUGAGCAAAAAAAAAAUAUUGGAUGUUUUUUUAGUUCUCUCUCACCAUUUUUGUGUUAUCUCUAUGGAAGAUGAGUGGUCGGGGAACUUUUUACCUGAAGUUAAUCUAUUGCCAUUGGUAUAUCUCUGGUUUAAUGCAGAAGGUUUUUUUUGUGUGUGAAUGAAGGAGAGGGAAGAAAAGGCUGGCUGACCCGAUUUUUUUUAGUUUGGUUCAGUUUGUUGUCAUGGUGACGGAUCUCAUAACGUUCUGUGAAGUUAGAGAGCCUCAUUCCUCCGACCUGCACGAGGAGUGGAAAGGGCAAACUGCUGCCACAAGGAUUUUUCGCAUGAAGCUUCCCAGUUUGCAGCUUAGCUCCCAUGAUGCUGUGUUCUUACAAAGACAGCAUGUGAUGAUUCCAGACUUCUACGUAAGCUUUCUGGGUACUCUGUGACAAUGCUCGUGAACGUUGCCCCUGCUAUGUCUAGACAUCUUUGAGGAAGAACUGGCCGGACUGAAUCUGGAGGAAAUGGUGGAUAGCUGCUGUGCCGAGGAGCUGGAGUGCAAGAUCUGCUACUGCCAUUACAACCUGGGAAACAGGAGGCCCAAGGUGCUUCAGUGCUGUCACCGCUUAUGUGCCAAGUGCCUGGUCAAGAUCUUGGACCUGGGGGAGUCCCCCCCAAAUGCGAUUGUAUGUCCUUUUUGUCGGUAUCCAACCAGCCUCCCAGAGGAAGCAGAGGGGAGCCUCCCUGACGACUACAACAUUGUGCAGGCCCUGACUUUCAGGGUGAAAAACAAGAGGAACGUACAUGACGGCUCCACUGAGUUGCUCCUCAGUCCCAAGAGACUCAGCUCUUUUGUCAGCCCCUCGUCCUGCAGCUCCUCCAACUGCCUGGUGAUCACCAUUGUGGAUGCACAGCCGGAAGCACCCCUACAGCCUCAGAGCUCCGCCUCUCCCAUAGUGGAAGAAUACAGGUCCUCUAGUUUUGACUCCAUUGCUUCUGUGUCUCGUCGCUGGACCGUAUGGAACUGCGCCUCCAUGCUGUGCCAGACCUCAGCAAGGAUACUUGUGUGGAUGCUGGGCCUGUUGUACUUCAGUUCCCUGCCACUGGGGGUUUACCUUCUAAUCGCUCAAAGAACCACUGUGGGAGUAAUCUUGGUCAGUCUGGUACCUUCCAGUCUUCUCAUUGUCAUGGUGUAUGGCUUAUGCCAGUGUGUGUGUCAUGAGUUUUGGGAUUGCAUAUCUUCAUAGCAAACAGAGCAUGAGGUCCAGGAAAAAGAACAAUUUUCUGUGAGGAACAAAAUUAUCUUAAUGCAUAAGCUGUAACUUAACUACAAUUAAGGCUGUUGUGUUCCUGCAUGGAUCACUGGGCACAAGUGAAGAUUUAUUUCUCUUUAAAAUAUCAUUGUCCAGGUUAAGAGAGACGUUUAUGCUGUUAUGUUUUAAGAUAUUACACUUAGAAAAAAAAUGGCGUAUUUAAAAAAACAAAUGUUUAGAUAGUGCUGGUACAUUGUGAUAUGUCCAUUAACAUUUUCAGGUCUUUAUUCUGUUUAGUUUAUAUGCUGUGAUAAGUGUCUUAUCCAGUAAAAAGACUUCUGAACCUGGUUGUGAAGUCUACAAGGUAUACAAAUCAGUUAUCAUGACUUUCGGCCAAUUUUGUACACCUAAUGUUCUUUCUUAAAAUCAGGCUCUUUCUCAGGUAUUAGAACUGUGUAAUACUAUGCAUUUCAGACAGCAAUGGGAUGUGCACAAAAUGUGGAUGAUGUGCACAGUUCCUUUUAAUCUUUAGGAACUGUUUUGGAAUAAGGCAUGUGAGAUUUAAGAACUAAACAACUUCCUGUCUAAUUGUGAUGAAAGAAAAGCUUUGGGAUCUUUCACAAUUUUACCUACUUUCAGAUUAAAACAACAAUCAUCUAUAAUGAUAGAAGGUAUUUUUGAGGUUCUCUGCUACUAUUAUUUGCAAAAAUAUACUGGUCUCUUCUUGUGCUGUAUAUUUUCUGAAUGGAUGUGUUUUUGUGAGUCCUUAUAUGCUUUUUUUACUGAUUUUGUUUUCAUUUGUUACUCCAUAUAUUUGUUGAACUCAGCAGCUAGCAUUCAAUUAAUCAUUACCACAGAAUAUUUUUAGGAUACUAUAAAUGAUUCAAAACUACCAAAGUGAGAGACUUAUUCUUGACUAAUUCGUACUUGUUUUGAAGAAUAUAUACAUGUGGUUUCAAGGUUUUGCAUGUUAAUAAAUUCAGUGAUGCUACCUACACAGUGUAGAGCAAUAUGAAAUGAAUGUGAAUAUUAUUUUGUGAGGAAUACCAUAAAUACAUGAGAACAAUUUGUGUUGUGUACAUGGGGAAGAUUAUGUUAAAAUGCCUUUUUGGGAAUAAUGACAGCAAAUCACACUUUCAAGUUGUAUCUGUAGUGCUUUUGUUUUGUCUAGUCCAAUGUUUCCUGUCAAAAUGCUGCUUCCCUGUGUAACUACACAUUGACAACACAUUGACAAAGUCAAGCCAGUGGAUUUCUUCCAACAGUAAAUCACUGCAUGGAAGUGUAUUGAAAACAGGAGGCACUUUUUUACUAAAAGGGUUGUGGGAGUAUCGAAAAGCUAUGUUUUUGAAAAUAUUGCUCUGGUUUCUUUCAAGAAAUGCGCUUGACGAAUCUUUGGAUAAAUUAACUACUAACUACCAAAAUAGGCUGGCUAGACUGAAUGCCCUCCUCUUGUUUUCUUCUAACUUUAGCUUCACUUUCUGUGAAGAAUCUGCCUGUGUUCCCAUGUACAGCACCUUAUUUGAUUUAGAUUAAACAAUAAUAUUAAACACUGUAACUUUUCUUCAGCUGUUUCAACCUGUCCUUUUUUCAUUCAGGUCUUGAAGUACGUUAUUUUACCAAACACUGAGGCCAAAAAGAAGUCGCUCACCAAUAGUCUAAGGUGUAGCUUUUUUUCUGACCUAAUAAACCUAAUAAAUAUUUCAUGGAAUAAAACUGGAUGUUAGUAUAUAUACAUUCAAUAUUUUUUAAUAU